UAGAGUUCUGGCGCCGAAAGACUAAAUCGAAUCGAGUAUACUGUUGCAGGAAGAGAAACUUCUCUCAAAGUAUCCGGGAGUGAAAAUCAAAAUUUGAAAAUGUCAUAAAACGAUGUACAUAUUUCUGGUGCAUGGAUUUAUCAAAACAGUUCAAUCUUGCACAUUUCAAGGCGGCAUUUCCAGUAUAAUCUCUGUUCUCCGGAAACUCGCGGAGAGCCGGCAACGCCGUAGACCGGCGUCGCGAGCGUCGCUUUCGCUGAGCGGGCUAUGACGACGCGUCGCGACGCGGUCCUCGAAGGUGGUGCUCCUUGGGGUUUUCGCAUGCAUGGUGGCGUCGAUCAGAAUCAACCUCUGAAGAUAUCUAGGGUGAACCCAGGCAGCAAGGCGGCGAUUAGAGGGAUUAGAGAAGGCGACUUGAUUUCAUCGAUUAACGGCAGGCGCACCAAUAAUUUAACGAAUCUAGAAGCCCAUGGGCUACUGAAAAGUGCUGGGAGUAAUCUAAAAUUGGGUCUGAAUGAAGACACAAGUGAUUCACCCAGACGCAGGCAGUAUAGGACAGUGCAUCAGGAGACUUUAGAGGAAACAGUGAAAAGAUCAAGCAUAACAACAUAUUCGGUGGAGAAAAUACUUGAAACUGUGGAACCAACGAACGAAAACAAGGAAAAUUCUGCAUCUAUAUCCAACGAAAGAAUAAUUCAGCAAAACGGUACUUCGAAAGGUCUUCCAGCAAGUGAUAUUCUAGUUACAAAAAGACCAAAAGUGCCAACUUCAUCUUCCUCUUCCUCUCCAUCAGUUAUCAAAGAAGGAGAUCUUCAAUAUUCCUCGGCAGACAAUGCUGAAGCCUCUCAAAGAUCUUACUACACUAAUUGCACUUUGAGUCCUUCGAGUCCUUCUAUUUUAUCAGAAGACGGCAAAUCUAGCUGCCAUCAAGAGAGCCAACAGAAACAUAAACAUAACAACAAACAUAACAUGAACGAUAAUGCUGUGAGUUCAAGGUCAAAAAAGAGGAGACAGCGUCGAAAAAAUCGUAAGAUAAACGAAAAUAUCACUGAAAUCCAAACAAUCACGAAUACAUGUGAUAAAGAUUGUAGCUAUCCAGACGUAGCGGCAAAGAAAGUUAAAGAAGAAUAUGUCGUUCACUCACCUGGCGAAUUCUCUAGAAAAAUAACGAAGCCAGUGAAGAGUAAAAGUUUGGAUGAUGAUGACUUGUUGAAAAUUCAAGAGCUUUCAGAAGCUAGUGAAUCGGAAGAUAAAGGAAAAGAAACGAAUCCAAUUGUAUCGGAAGCUUCAGAAAGUGAAGCUGAAUGGGAUGGGACUUUCGACCUUGCAACACCAGCAACACUUCAAGGCACUUUAAGUACUCUUACGCUACCAUUAGAAGGUUAUAGUACCGAGCAAUCAACACUGAUAUCCCCUGAAGAGGAAGAAACUUUGCGGAAUUUUCUGGAGAGCCUCCACCUCGUUUCAGGUCCUGAAGAAGCUGCAAACCAAACAAGUUACGUCAUAGAUGAUGUGAAACAGCGUAAGGCGAGGAAAAAGGCAGAUUUGGAACUAUAUUUUCUCCCAAUCUGUCAAAACCCCAGGUAUCUGGACGUGAUAAGUGAAGAAACGAGUGACUUAGAUAGUGACAGAGAACAACCGAGUCUAACGAAGAACUUGAAACAGGGUACUCCUGAGUUAGAGGAGCCACCUCCAAGGCUAAAUCGUGAGAGGAAAAAAGCUCUUCCGAAGAGAUUUCCACCUGCAAUGGAACAAUCCCCAGCUAUUCUAGUGGACACAAAGAUAAUAGAUACUUCCCCCCAAACAGAUGGGGUAUUCACUGCUGUGAAAACAAAAGAAGCUACUGAAUCGAUUGCUGAGGUAGUUUAUUUGACUUCAUCAGAAACAGAUUCCUCAGAAGAAAUUGAUAGUAUGGAAAGUGACAAAUCAGAUUUCGAAAGAGCUAUAAUUCCUAAGGCAAUUAGUGAACCUACUCGUAUGAUUGAAAUAAAUAGUGAUAGAAACUACGAAAUGAAUAAUGAAUCAAUAAUUCACGAAGCAUCAUCAGUAAAUAGAGAAACAUUAGAUGAAGAGCAUUCGAGUAGGUACUGUUUUGAAGUGAAAAGACACAUAACAUAUAGCGAUGUAGAUAAGAACAUUGCAGAAAAUUGUCUUCUAUCUCAACUCACACCUCCACCCACUCCAGAAAAUCUAUCACCGAAAUAUAAAAACACCGUCCAAGAUUACAGGGAGGCAAAUGAGGUUAAUACUAUUGAAAAACUAGCUGAUGAAUCAGAGGAAUCCUUAGAUACAAAUAUCUACUCCUAUGGUAUUUCAUUGCACUCAGACACUCCUGUGAUAUGUUCCGACGUGGUUAGCACUCCUCCACUACCUACCAAAUCUUCAUCAAGCAGUAGAAGCUCCAGUAGAGGAAGUUCCCUGUGCACAGCCAUGUAUAAUCCUUCCAAUUCUUCCAUAACUGAUGUAACAUCGCUGUUAAAAGAAGGAGAUAAUUCAAAGUACACCCAACCCCUGACUCUGAGGGAGCUCUGUUUGAAAUUUCUAUUGAGACUACCUUUUGGCAGAGAAGUACUCCAGGAACUAGCAGAGGUGUCCAAACGAAUCGAUUCCUAUACCAGUUCCCUUCCUAGCACUGUCCUUCCUGAAAUAGUACCUAAUAUAGCACAGAGUGUAAAUAGAGCAAAUGCUGAUGCUAAUAAUCUUUCUUAUCACCUUUCAGUCCAAAAUCCUCAAAAUCAUUUAUCUGUGGACAAAAAACAAGUGAAAGAGGGUCCUGUAUAUAAAGAGUGGAAAGAAGCGAAGCUUGAUAGUAAUUAUGUGGAUCGCAGUGGAAUAAUUAGAAGUUUGGAUUUUCCUGUUGUGUCUGAUGGUGCUGAAAUUCAAAUAACUACCCCAGUCAGGGUUCAUUUUGACAAAGAGGAUAAACAUAGUUAUCAGGAACAAGAGACUGAUUUACCAGUCGCAAGUACUCAUAACACUGAAUCAGUUGAGAAGAAAGAAUUUGUUAUAUCAAUUCGAAAGGAUUGGAAAGUUGAGGAAAGAAAAAAUCCUUCUGAAAUAGAAGCGAACGGCAUUGCAAAAGAAACGGAAGUUGAUAAAAAGGAGUGGGUGGGUAGUAAAAAAUCAAUAAAUACCAAUUCUAAAAUGUCACUGAGCAGGGAAAACCAUAAACCUGUAUCUGGAGAAUGGAUUGGCUUAGCAAAUGAGAAGGACCCAAAUUUAUUAGCCUAUCUAUCACCAAAACAGAAAGUUGAACUUGAGAAAUCCAAAAAAAUACCAGACGAAGCUAGCACCCUCUUAGACCUACAUGGGAAGUUUAUGAAUAGAAAAAUCACACAUGAAGAAAUCAAGAGAGAAACUCGGGAAGAAAUUUCCAUCACAAGUAUCGGCGGCAAGAAUUCGAACAGACUUUUGACUAUGAUUCGAGAAGAACCUUCCCUUGUGAAUGAUGAUAAAAAUUAUUUGUAUUUCGAAGAAAAGGCACCAAGACUACCAAGGAGCGUAGACAACGCAAGGCUGGAAGCAAAGGACUUAUCAGAGUGGCUCAAUAUAGCUAGAAAAAGAAGCAUGAGCGAAAGUAAUCUAAGCAACGAUAUUCCUGAGAAUAGCCUCAGAAAUUAUUUCAACAUGCAUCAACAACCCAGUAGACGAUCGUCUCUACCUCAGGAACUUUUCGAAAAACAAAUGUAUUAUCUGCAAGAGAAGGAGAGGGAGAUUCAGAAGCAACUAGAAGCACUCGAGGAAGAAAAAAGGAAACUUAACGCGGAGUUAUCCGAUUCGAGAGAAUUUCACGCUGAGGAUUACCAUUUUUCUCGAAAAGGUGACUUUGCUGAGUCGAAGAAGAGGUUAUCAUUGCCCAUCGCACCAACUGAAACAUUCAGGCAGCAGAUGUACGAGGAGUAUAUGGAUAAAUUUGCUGAGAGAGAAGAAAGAAAACAACACAAAAUCAUAAAAGUAACUUCAUCCAAGGACUUGAGUCAAGAGAACGAAAAGGCUAAUCUCAAGGAAAUUAUACACCCAAUUCAAUUAGAAGACGAAUUCAUGAGCAAGGUGAAGCAGAAGCAGAAAGAAGGGAAGUUAGAGAAAGUGAAGAGUUUGGAGAAAGAGAGAAGCCUUGUGUGUGAAGAGGAUAGAGACCCAGUACUGGUUAUUGAUGGGGAGAAACUGAAGGACGCUACUGAAUUGCCGAAACAUCUACUAGAGUUCAUAGAUUCAGAGGGUAUAUGGUCUCCAGGACAAAAACCUGAGCCAUCAAGGGGAAGAAAUUCUCAAGGGGACGGAGACUACGACAAAUCUCAGGAUGACAUUCCACCAGUAUGGACUCCAAAAAGUGCCAACUCCAGUCCAACUUCCGAGAGAAAAGAAUUCCGAGCGGUGAAUUUCCAAUCCCCUGUAUUAGCUAGGAAGAAUAGAACAAAAUCUGAGAGUUUCGGGUCGGAAUGUUCAUCUCCAACGCUACCUUCGCCCAAUCUCAAUUACAGUAGUGAUACAGGGACGGCUCCACCAGUUUUGGACAGAAGGCUGCCCAUCAGCCGAUCUACUCCUGCAUCAGGUUUCGUCGAUCUGUCGAUAUCUCCCCGUCUUCCGAAAGCCCAGAAUCCCACUAUAACGCUUCUUCAAAAAGCAAGAGAAGGACAACUUCCCAAAGGUGCUUCCUAUAUUGAACAGGAGGAAAAACAGCUGAGACCCAGGAACGAUAGGCCUCCAAUCGCGAAUCCUGGAGAAGUGUUAUACCACAUAAAGAACGAAUAUACGAGCGAAUCUGAAACCGAAAAACCGCGAAAAAUGGCCGAUUUGUCUGCGAGAAAAUUCGAAGGAAUCGGGCCAGUGACCAAGGAUGGACUACCUUUGAUUCUCAGAUCUGAAGUGAAAGACCAAAAUCAGUCCAAAUGGUACAAAAGGAUGUAUGACACAAUUCACAAGCAAAAACCGCAUAGUGACGAAUAUGUUACAGUGCGGUAUAAACAGAAAAGAGCGCAAUAUCCGUACACUUCCGGUUACCUGUCGGAACCGGAACCAGGGGCGUACGACAGCGAUUUCGCCGAUCACAAAUACCAAACGUUGGAUAGGAGGAGGCCGGAUACGCAGGAUAGGCCAGAAUUCGCCACUUCCACCAUGCCCAGGAACACCACAAUCAGAUCAUCAUCAUCUGAUAUUCUGAGGAAUUCUCGAGACUAUCAAAAAAAUCAACCAGGGAGGAUAGAAAAUUAUACUACGGGACAUUCGUCUAUUUCUGAUAAAGAAGCAAAACAGUGGUGGGACGAAGUCAUGGAUAUAUUCGAUGGGCAUCUCGAGCAUCAGAAAAGAGUUCCUCCACAACCCAGAAGCUUCAUCAACCAGGCAUUGAAAGAAUCGGGAUACGAGAGCGACUCAACGCUGGUUUUCAGAAGAAAAGAAGAUGCCUCCCUUCAGCUUAGUCCGAAGGACCAGAAGCAGGCAUACAAAGUCAUCCAAAAGGGCGGCGAUGUACCCCUGCACGGAUUGAGGAAGCCGGCACCAGAAAGACCAAAAGACCCAGAACCACCACUUCCACCACCAAAAGGACACCACGAAAGAAAUCUCGAACAAGAAUCUCCCAGAAAAUAUGUGGAGAACGAGGUGACCAUCCACUACAAAACGCCGGUCCGGCAAGAAAUCAAAGAAUAUCUAAGCGAAGACGAGCUGGCAUACCGACAAGCCGAGGCCAUGAAGAAGAUUUACCAAGAGGAGAGGCGGAAGAAAUAUCUGCAGGAACUCCAAGACAUGAACUCAAGAAGACAUACAGACAACUUCAUCCCUUCCCAAAAGUCUCCCAUAGCACUAAAUAGAUACGACAACUUCGAAGAUUUAGCGCCUUCUAUAAAAUUACGGCCAAGGUCUCCAGAACCUCGACUUUGUGCUCGAGCCCUGUAUAACUUCGUUGGCCAGUCGGCAAGAGAGCUAACCUUCAGAAAAGGCGAUAUCAUCUAUCUCAGGAGGCAAAUCGACAAAAAUUGGUAUGAAGGCGAACUCAAUGCCAUGGUUGGACUUCUUCCAUCGAAUUAUGUUGAGAUAAUCCCAUUUGAAGGCAGCAAGCCCACUCCCCGUAAGGCUCACGAAGGUCAGGCCCGGGCUAAGUACAAUUUCGUGGCCCAAAGUCACCUCGAACUCUCACUAGGCAGAGGCGAACUCGUCACCAUUACAAGAAGGGUGGACGACAACUGGUAUGAGGGCAAGAUUGGCGGCAGAAAAGGCAUCUUCCCCGUCAACUACGUGGACGUGCUGAUCGACCCGCAGACGCCGCCGCCGCCCAGUUCCAAACCGGCGGCCGCCCCCGCCGCCCACUCGCUCCUCCUCAACGGCUCCGCGGGCGGCAAGCAGUCCAUGGGCGCGCACAGCUACACGCCCGCCCCGGCGCGGGCGGUGGACUACCGCCACGCCGAGCCGGCGCAGACGCAGUCGGGCGGCCGAAGGAAUGUGCCGGUGGGGCAGGCGCUGCACAUCGAGACGCAGAGCGAACCGAUCCCGUUUCGUGCCCUCUACAAGUACAAUCCUCAGAACGACGACGAGCUUGAACUCCUAGAAGGUGACACAGUAUACGUUCUGGAAAAGUGUGACGACGGCUGGUACGUAGGAUCCAGUAACAGGACAGGGGCAUUCGGUACCUUCCCAGGAAACUACGUCGAAAAAAUCUAGCAGAAAACUAGCUUGCUUUGAUAUUUCUCGAACUCGUCAGACCGAUGACCGAACCAGCUUCCGCUUAGUGAGAAAUAUUGGGAGGUGCACAAAGAACAUUCGGUAAUCACGAAAAUGUAUAUAUUUUAUUUCAACCUCUGAUAUUUUCAAUGCAACAGAGCUAACUGAUAUUCAUUAUCAUGAGCGCUAAAUAGAAGGAGAACCCACAGUAUAUCUAUAGUUACAGAGUGACUAGCUACAAGGGGCUAGCCGGACCAAUUGUGAGUAUAUUGAAUAGAGUGGUGACAAUAGACGUCAAAAAGGCUGCCGUUUUCGUAUCAUUCGUGGUCAAGUCACUGAAUAAGUAAUAAUCUGAAGGGUAUCUCACAUGCAGUAAUGAAUUUGCGCCUACGAAGUGCCUACCUGAUGGAAGGUUCAGAUAUUUGAUAUUUUCAUGUCAUCAUGUAAAUAAUCUAAGGCUCACAAACAACAAAUUAUUGCAUGAGCUAAACAUCUGAACAGCCUCACAUUAGGACAAGUCAUUGUAUUGGUAUAGUUUCUUCAUACUUAUGAGAACGGUUAUUAAUUUAUUGAAAUCAACAUUGAUCUAUGUUGUUACAUCAGAGUGGUUGCGAUUUUCUCCGCGUCCAUAUCAUCUGGAUCAAUUUAAUAGGUCGUUUAUAGUGACGGCUUCUACAAUCAAUCAAUGAAUCAAUUUGACGGAGAAUACUUAAACCCGAGUGCAGAAAAAGUAUUUCUUCCUAAGCCUCAUCAAUGAAGAUAUUUCGGGUUCAUAUACUUGUCUUUAUUUGGAAUGACCUAAGUGUAUCCGUUCUUGUAAUGAUAAUGUUGGUUGAGACCAUGCGUUCAUAUCACAAACAAAAUGAUGAAAGAAAUCUAAAUAUCACACUCCUAACCAAAAAUAUUGAUGAGGAACUGGGGUGCCAAAUGGUCCGGCUAGACUCUUGUUGACUAGUUCUAUCGUGGCUCUAUACCAUGACACCUUUGUUAUAAAAUAGUUGCAGUUUAAAAGCUUCCACUAAUUUAAGCUUGUAGAUAUUACCUACUUAUGGUUAGAUUGAAAACAAGCAUUCUAGUCACUAGCCAAAUGAUAUUUUUAGUGUAGAAUUUAAUAUGUGGUAUGUCCAAAAAAGAUGUGCCAGUAUGUACAACAUUUUAUUUGCACCAAAAAUAUAUUAUAACGUUGUAACAUGACCAUGAUCUUCCAUAACAUAUUGUAGAUGUAUAUAAUAUAUAAGACAUGUUUUAAUCUUACAUUUUCCGAUUAUAUAUCGCAUAUCACGUUUGUACCUUCGAUAGAUUGACAAUGUUUAUUUUUCCAUUUCUAACCCCCUUAUUUGAGAGUGCCUUCUGAAUACAAUAUCUUUGCAUACUUAUCUACUAAUUAAUCCUUGAAAUGAAUAUUUAUGAUGAGACAAUAAUAUGUUUGGCACUGAAAUGUCAAACUUUGUGUUCAUAAAAUUGAAUCAGUUGAUGUAUCCAUUUAGGUAACAUUUGUUGGUCUUUCAGAUAUCAAUAUUGUUAAUAUUCACAUUGUUCAGAGUUUUUUUUUCACCUGUAUUUUGUUUAUAAUUAACGUUUUGUUUUUCAAUAAAGUAUUU